CUGGCCGUAUAUAUAUGAGCUAGUAGUUAAGCUGCCAGAUGCAUAUUUUACUCCAAGCUAGCUUGCGUAGCUAUCCCUUCUUUGGAACCUCACAAACAAAGAUCAAAGAAAGCACUGAGAGAGAGAGAGAGAGAGAGACCUAUUUUUCAGGCACUGUCGGCUUGGAGAUUCUGAUACCACGCAUCAAUUUUGUUAGUUCUUUAAUGGGCCUUUCUUUUUCAAUACUCUUAUCUGCAUGGUCUGCAAUUCUGGGACACAAGUUUUUUGGCUCAAAGGAUACUGUUGAAAAUACUGUUGUAAGGUCCCUAAGCUUUGGAAGGAGAGAUGGAGAAAUGGGUCCAAGAACAAACAGCUUCAAGAGAGAUGGUUCAGAAACCACUGGAAAGUUUGAUGGGUCAGAUAAAAUGAGUAUGGAGAGAUCAUUAAGCUUUGACAGCUGGGACUCCAAUGAAACAAAGGCUAAACCAUCUAAUUCAACCAAAACUUCGAAUUCUCUAAAGUUCAAAGCUAAUGAAAUAGUCCACCUAACAAAGCCUACAAUAUCACUCCCUGAACCACCUGUGAUCUUCUUUUCUCCAAGACCUAUUAGUGAGCUUGACGCGGCUGCAACCAAAGUUCAAAAGGUCUACAAGAGUUAUAGGACUAGGAGGAACCUUGCAGAUUGUGCAGUUGUUGUUGAGGAACUCUGGUGGAAGGCCUUGGAUUUUGCUACUUUGAAAAGGAGCUCCGUAUCAUUCUUCAGCAUUGAGAAACAUGAAACUGCUAUGUCAAAGUGGGCUAGGGCCAAGACAAGGGUUGCGAAGCUUGGGAAGGGUUUAUCCAAGGAUGAGAAGGCUCAAAAGCUAGCCCUACAACACUGGCUUGAAGCUAUCGAUCCACGCCAUCGUUAUGGACACAAUUUACACUUCUAUUAUGAUAUUUGGUCUGACAGCAUGAGCACACAACCUUUCUUCUACUGGUUGGACAUUGGUGAUGGUAAAGAGGUAAACCUUGAGAAGUGCCCAAGGAGCAAGCUUCAACGCCAAUGCAUUCAAUAUCUUGGACCAAAAGAAAGGGAAGCAUUUGAGGUGAUUGUAGAGGGUGGCAAGCUUGUGUACCGCCAAGCCGGAAUUCUUAUUAACACGACGGAGGAUACGAAGUGGAUUUUCGUGUUAAGCACAUCAAGAUCCUUGUAUGUAGGGCAGAAGAAUAAAGGCGUUUUCCAGCACUCGAGUUUCCUAGCUGGAGCAGCUACAACAGCAGCUGGAAGAUUAGUAGCCCAAGAUGGAGUUCUUCAGGCAAUAUGGCCCUAUAGUGGUCAUUAUCUCCCUAACAAGGACAAUUUCAAAGAGUUCAUUAGUUUUCUCGAGGAGCAUAACGUGGACUUAACAAAUGUUAAGAAAUGUUCAAUAGAUGAUGACCAUGAUUCAUUCAAAGUUGUUGAUGAUAAGGAGAUUGAGGAAGUCUUCACCACAAUCACAUCUACCGACACAAAAGCUAAUGAUGUUGAUGGGCCUAUUGAUAAUACGACAGCCAAUACUCAACAAGACAGUACAGAUGCCAAUGCAGCCAAGUUGCAAGCACCAGUAUUUGACCUGAGCAAGCGUUUGUCGUGCAAGUGGACUAGUGGAUAUGGUCCCCGAAUUGGAUGUGUGAGGGACUAUCCAGCUGAAUUACAAUCUCGGGCACUUGAGCAAGUCAACUUGUCGCCUAGGACCAAUCCUGGUGCAGGGAGUUGUGUUCCAAUCCCUUCACCGCGGCCUAGCCCAACGAUUCGAGUCUCGCCAAGGCUCGCAUACAUGGGACUUCCUAGCCCGAGGGUAUCCGUUAAUUAGCUUCUGCUUGCUAAAGAGUUGUGAGAUUUCACCAAAUGGUGAAAUGCCACGGUCCAUGUUCAUCAUGUUUUCUGAAUUUUGGAGGUUUAAUUUGAUCGGAUGAGCUCUAGGCCUUGAAAUAUGUUCAAGAGGGCUUGAGGCUUAGACAAGUAAGGCACUCCUCGUGACCUUACCAUCAGUUUUUCUAGUGAGGGCACAUUCAAGUGACAAUUAACCCAUCCUUCUUUGAUCAUCUAUUUAUUUCUUUUUUCAUCAAGUUGUACAGAUAAUAAGAGAAUAAGCCAAAUAAAGUUCUUUCUUUUAAUCUCAAA